AAAUGUAAAUUUAUUAGGAUCAAUUCUCCAUGCACAACCAAUUUCCCCAUAUCCUUAUAUAAACAGAACCAGAUUAACAUUUGAAACAAAUUGAAAUAGAAAUGGCAGCAGGCAAGAAAAAGAAAGGAUCAGUCAGUCGGUCUGAAAAGGCAGGGCUGCAAUUCCCGGUUUCAAGAAUGGUAAGAUAUCUAAAGAAAGGCCGCUACGCUGGAAGAAUUGGAGUAGGUGCUGGGGUUUAUAUGGCUGGCGUACUCGAAUACCUAUGUGCAGAGAUGUUGGAAUUGGCUGGGAAUGCGGCUUGUCACAGCAAGAAGAGCAGAAUUUCUCCAAGGCAUCUAAUGCUGGCUUUGAAGAUGGACGACGAGCUUGAUAAGUUGAUUGGCAAUGUAACAAUUUCAUCUGGAGGUGUAUUACCACACAUUCAUAAUGCUCUUAUGUCCAAGAAAAAUAUGGAGGCUCUCUCUACUAGUAGUAAUGAGCCCUGAUGAUGACCGAGUUGUUGCAACGCAAGAACCAUAUUUAGCAAUUUUAAUUUCUAGUUGCUUUUUGAAAAAAUUGUGGGGAAGUUUUCUUUUUUAUGUUGGAAGUUGAACUUGAACUCUACCAAUCUAUUUUGUCACUAAAUAUUUCCUGUGUACCAAAGAAAAGAAAAAGUAGAUAGCGCUUGCUCUCUCUUCAGUCAUGGUAAAUAUACAGAACAGUGCAUGAAUUUGAUAGUAAAAGAAAUGUGAAGAAUAUAUAGAUGUAAGCUUUUCAAAUGAUGACGGAAAGAGGAAUAUAACUUGAACAGUUGAACCUUUUAUUUAAAUAAACUAGAGGAUAAUGUACAGAAAUGCCUUAUAAAACAGGGCAUGAUCUGUUUUUCUCUUGUUGUCACCGAGUUAAAUCAAGGAGCAUUUGUAACAGCUUCAAGUUUAUCAAUACAAAAAUAUACAAAUUUAUAUUUCUCAAAUAGAAGAAACAAAAAAAAAAUAAUAAAUAAAAUAUUAGGUAUUUAU